AUGGCGGAUCAACCAACGGCUCCGGCCACCCAAAGCGCCUCGCCACCAGAGACGGCUGAAAUUAAUCAACCCGAGCUAAUCGCCGCACCUCAGGGUGAAGAAGAGCUGGAAGAUGAUUUUGACGACGACGCGGAUUCAGCAUUGGGUAAUGAUGCUGCUAGCAGCACCAACUCCGUCACGGCGAGCAUUCUAGAAUACCGUACUAUCAAAGGCCGGACCUACCACAGUGAAAGACAUGAGUCUCAGUAUUUUGCGCCGAAUGACGAGCAGCAGAUGCAUUCGCAGGAUAUCACGCAUCAUUAUUUAACAAUUAUGCUUGACGACAAGCUGUUUCUCGCACCAGUUAAAGACGACAUGGAGAGAGUGCUAGACGUUGGGACUGGAACCGGAAUAUGGGCCAUCGACGUGGGCGACCAGUACCCUAGCGCAGAAGUCGUAGGAACGGACUUGUCACCAACACAGCCGCUGUGGGUACCGCCGAACGUGAAGUUCGAGAUCGAUGACUGUACCAAGGAUUGGACAUGGCCUGCCGAUCACUUCGACUUCAUCCACAUGCGCUAUCUCUUCGGAGCCAUAGGCGAUUGGAAUAGGCUACUUCAGCAAGCAUUCCGCUGCUGCAAGCCUGGCGGCUGGGUCCAGUCAUGCGAAUGCGACGUCGAAAUGUGCUCUGACGACGGUAGUAUCAAAGAAGAUGGUGUUAUCGCGACAUUCUGGAACCCGCUUUAUAAAGAGUUAGGUAAAAAGCUAGGGUUGAGCUUCCAAGUUCUCGAGAAUAGAUUCCAGAAUAAGGGAUUUGAGGCGGCCGGGUUCGUGGACAUUAAGGAGGUCAACUUCAAGCUACCUAUUGGGGCAUGGCCCAUGGAUCCCAAGCUUGCUGAAAUUGGAGGCCUUACUUUACUGACCUUGAUCAACGAUCUUGAAGGAUACGUCCUAGUUCCGUGGAAUAUCGUGCAUGGUGAAGAUACCCCUGGCUACCAGCAAACACUUGCGCACCUACGCAGGGAAUUUAGAUCUAGGUCUAUGCACGCAUAUAUGAAGGUCCGGUACGUUUAUGGCCGCAAGCCCUAGGGUAGCAUAGUACAUAGACCUCGCUUGGAAUUGAUGUUACGAUCCCUAUAGCAAGCGACCGUAACUUUCUUAUUAGGUCUUUACUUGGCCAUGUGUAAAUUACCUCCUUGCGCAUAUCUAAGGGUUUGCCAUUGCGAACUCAUUACGCGACUAUGUCAUCUGGAAGUGAGAAACACUAGUGUUCACCUGUUGAUUUAAAGUGCUCUAGCAUUUCCACUCCACCUCGAGAAUUUUUGGAUACGCAUUGACCUUGAAAGGUGAAGAUCUAUGUAUAUAUCACAUUCUUUCUGUCAUUCCAACUCCCUGGGUAGUGUCGGCAUCGAGCAACGUGAGAGAAUACCUACCUAGGUAGGUAUGGACAGUGUCCCAAAGGCUGGGCUUCAACCAAAGCAAAGCCCAACUACUGUAGACACCUCAUGAUGUAGG